AUGUCUUCUCCAGAAUCUCGUUCGGUGAAGCGACCAAGAACUCAAUCACUCCCACCGCCGUCCCUCCCGCAACUCGUUGCUGAACAACAUGUUCCGAUCCCUUCCACCGACAAAGACUCCAAGAGAUUGAUUGUCGUCCUCUCCAAUGCCAGUCUCGAGACAUACAAGGCUAGCUACGGUGGCAAUCGACCGGGCGGCCAACGCGAGGAGAAAUAUUCGCUGUUGAAUAGUGACGAGCACAUUGGGGUCAUGCGCAAGAUGAAUCGCGAUAUCAGCGAUGCCCGACCUGAUAUUACCCAUCAAUGUCUCCUUACCCUCCUGGACUCCCCAAUCAACAAGGCCGGAAAGCUCCAGAUUUACAUCCACACCGCUAAAGGCGUCCUGAUCGAAGUGAGCCCAACAGUCCGGAUCCCACGUACAUUCAAGCGAUUCGCUGGUCUGAUGGUCCAACUGCUCCACCGUCUGUCCAUCAGAUCUGUCAACUCCAACGAGAAGCUGUUGAAGGUCAUCCAGAACCCUAUCAGUGAUCAUCUUCCCCCAAACUGCCGCAAGGUCACGCUCAGCUUUGACGCCGAAAUUGUAAAGGUCCGGGACUACGUGGAGGAACUUCGCGAGGAUGAGAGUAUCUGUGUGUUUGUAGGAGCUAUGGCCAAGGGCAGCGAUAACUUCGCGGAUCAAUACGUUGACGAAAAGAUCUCUAUCAGCAACUACAGCCUCUCAGCUAGUGUGGCCUGCAGCAAGUUUUGCCACGCCGCUGAGGAUGUGUGGGGCAUCAUCUAG